CUAAUCCCCUGUCGAACAGCUGUUUUCUCUACCGUAAAGCGCUUGUGUUCCAAAUUUUACGUAAUUCGUAUUUUGAAGCCGUAUAUUGCGAGUAUCGCAUCCGCCUAGCGAAAUGUCGGCCCUCCGCCAAGUGAUGUGCAGGAGCUCUGCCUCUCUGCAGUUGUACCAGGCCAACAAACUGGCCGCAACCCGCUGGGCAUCCGCAUCUUCUCAGGAUGGUGGCCCACUGGACCUCAAGACCGCCCUGGCCCGUCCAGAGGAACUGGAGCAGCGCAACAAGCUCAGCGGUAAGAUCACCGUGCCCACGGCCGUUAAUCUUGGCCCAAUCUCCGGCGUGCCAGAUGAGCAUCUAAAGGAGCGCCGUGUACGCAUCCAUAUUCCCCCGAAGAACGCAAUGCAAAGUGGCACGGACAACAUCAACACCUGGCAGAUUGAGUUCGACAACCGCGAACGCUGGGAGAAUCCGCUCAUGGGCUGGGCCUCCACCGGCGACCCACUGUCCAACAUGAACGUGCAGUUCGGAUCUCAGGAGGAGGCUAUCACAUACUGCGAACGGAAUGGAUGGCGCUGGUACGUGGACGGCAGCGUCAAGCCCAAGAAGGAGCGAGUCAAGAAUUACGGCAUUAAUUUUGCCUGGAACAAGCGCACGCGCGUCUCCACCAAGUAGGCCACCACAAAACUAGCCAGGAUCAUAGACAUCUAUUUUUUUUUUGUUUUUUGCUGUGUUUAUUAUCUGAAUACCUAAAUAAACAGUCGACUGGACUAGGAAGAAUUCUAAUGACCAGAACACUGGA